AUGAAAUACGGGCAAGUCGUGGUGGGGCCUGCUGGGAGCGGGAAAACAAAUUAUUGCAAGCUGAUGAAAGAGUUUAUGAAAAUAAAAAAACGAAAUUGCUAUGUAGUCAAUUUGGACAGCGCGAGUGAAGAGUACUACUACGAGAGAAAGAAGAAAUCGAUCAACACCACGUCCAACAUCGAAAAGGAAUUGAAGCAAUAUUAUGACACCAUUUACGACAUCGACAUAAGGAACUACGUGGAUGUAAACAGCCUAAUGGAAGAUCAGAUGCUUGGCCCCAAUUGUGCUUUACUAAGGAGUGUAGAGUUGUUGUACGAAAAUUCAUAUUUGCUGGAAGACGAAUUAAAUAACUACGACGAGGAUGAAAAUUAUUUCAUCAUUGAUACUCCUGGACAGAUAGAGCUGUACACACACACGGAUUAUUUUAAGAAAAUUUUAAACAUAUUCACAGAUCAAAAUAUAAGAUUGAUAGUUGUCUUCUUAGUAGAUAUUUCUUUUAUUAGUUCGAAUACGAAGCUGCUGUCAGCGUACCUGACCAGCUUAUCCACUAUGAUAAACUUUGAAUUACCUCACAUUAAUAUAUUAACGAAAUGUGACCUUUUGGUGAGUAAAAACUACUACCAAGAAUUGAGAAAAUUUAAGCAUAACAAUAAUUUCUUUUUCCAGAGGAAGUUAUAUAAAAAGAUUAACAAAAAGAUUAAAGGCGGCCGAGCGGGACAGAGUGACGAUGAAGAAAAACGAUCAAGUGAGGAUUUGGGUGAUAGUUUUCUCAAAGAAAUGGAAUGCAUAAACGGUGAUAAGUCUUUUAAAGACGAAUAUAUUUUGUGUUCCGAUUAUGACAAGAGAAGCGUUUCAAGUUUUUCUUCUGCUAGCAUGUCCGAGGGAAGGAGCGAAAAAUUCGGAAAAAAUUCAUCAGACGAGAACAGCAGUAGCAGCGUGCGGUCAGAAGAAAUUGAAGAAAAAAUUUACCAAAAAAAUUAUGAAAAAUUAAAUGAUAUACUUUCUUUGGACCCCCAUGAUAUUGUCAUGACGGCCAACAAAUGCAUGUCCAGGAAGUACUACAAACUGAACAAUGCCUUUGCGCAUAUUAUCGAGGAUUUCAAUUUGGUUUCCUUUAUCCCGUUAAACAUUUACGACGAUGAUAACGUAGAUUUUAUUAUCAACUCGAUAGAUAUGAUCAUACAGUACGGGGAGGACAAGGACGUGAACGACAAUUACGACAUGUGA